AUGGAGAAUCCUAUUGUAAAAGAAUUUCAGAAUAAUGAAAGCGAUAAACUUAAUUCCGGAUAUGAAUACGGUCGAAAUUUGAUUACCGAUGAUGAAGAGGACGGUCAAAGCGUUCCGAUUGAACCAAAGAAGUAUGAUAUCUGCACACAUGCACAACGAUCAUUGAUUUUGAAAAUGUUCAUAUCUGUGUAUCGCUUACAGACACAUGUUCAUAUCUGUGCACCAUAUGAACAACUUGUUUUCGUUGCGAGACACAAUCGUUGUUCACACGAACACGGGGACGAUCAAUAUGAACAGAGUGCUAAUGCAGUAUAUGUUAAUAGCGGCAUACAUGCACAAAUAUCCUUGAUAUUGAAAAACAUUGCCCCAUAUGUACAACUUAUCUUCAUAUUUGCUCCUGACUACUUUUUCCCAUCAACUCUUGAUAGCAUAACUUCUUCACAACAAGAAGUUGAUUAUGACAUAGGAGAGAGUUCAGAAGGAAUAAAGUUUUUUAUCCCGAAGGUCGAUGACGCGCUUAAGCCAAAUAUGAAAACACAAUAUCCGACUAUAAAUGAAGUCGAAAGGAUGUACAAGGCUUAUGCGAACAACACCGGCUUUGAUGUUCGCAUGCAUGGAGGGAAACCCAAAAAGAAGGAUUUUGAUUCGUUGUACAAGCAGCCGAGUGAGAGGAGAUAUCGUAAUACAAACAUCAAACGUUGUGGUUGUAAUGCUUGUAUAAAAUUCCAUUUGACAAAGGAUAGGUCUUGUUACGAGAUAUAUGAGUUUGUUGAGUCACAUAACCAUCCAUUGUUCAAUAAUAACGAUCGUCGUUUCUCUCGGAAGAAUGGACAGAUGAAGUAUAUAGAUUUCAAAACUGUACUAAAUAGCUCAAGCUACAAAGUCGGCGCGAGGAGGGCUCACCAUAUUCAGACCGCAUUGAACGGUGGAUUUGAGCAUACUCGCAUCUCUGAAAUUGACUUCAAGAAUUUCAAGAGGGAUGCUGUUGCUUGUAUUGCGAAUAAGGACGCGACGAUGUUGAUCAAUAAACUAUCAAACAGACGUGAUGUUGUCCCCGGAUUUUUUUUUGAAUACAAAUGCAACGARCAGGAGUUGAGUGCAAUUUUCUUGGCAGAUGAAGUUGCUAGAAUUAAGUACAAAGAAUUCGGUGAUGUCAUUUCGUUCAACGGAACCUUUCGCACUAACAAGCAUGCAAUGAUUUUUGUUCCUUACAUGGCUGUUGACAACCAUAAGGCGUCUGUUGUUGUUGGAUCCGCUCUUAUAAGUGGAGAGACGAUUGAUAACUUUACAUGGGUUCUAGAGGCCUUUCUAAAGUGUCAUGCGAAGCAACCAGUGUUCGUAAUUACAGACCAAUGUUYUGCAAUGAAGCAGGCUAUUCCGAAGGUGUUCACGGAAUCCAAGCAUYRACUAUGUAUGUGGCACAUUAUGAAGAAGGUCCCUUCAAAGGUUAGUGUCGCCCUAAAUCAUGAUCCUACGUUCAAUAAAGUCAUCAACAAGCUCGUAUGGAACAUUCAUAUUGGCCCAUCGGAGUUAGAGAGCCGUUGGAAUGAGAUGAUAGAUCAAUACAAUCUAGCUGGGGAUACUUGGUUUACAGAGAUGUAUGAAAUCCGACACUCGUGGAUUCCUGCAUAUUAUAAGGACAUGCCGAUGUCUAGGCUAAUGAAAACAACCUCAAGAUCUGAGAGUUCGAAUUCGUAUAUCAACAUAUACGAAUCGUACUGGUUUGAUUUGGUUCAAUUCCUUAAUAAUUACGACGUAGCUAUAGAGAAACAAAGAUACAGACAAUCUGUUCACGAGACAGUGACAAGAACGACUAAUCCCAAGUUUGUUACUCCAUUGCGUUUAGAAAGUCAUGCAUCAAGCAUAUACAGUCGGAACGUGUUUUUUGACAUCCGAAAGGAAAUAAAGAAGGCUGUUUGGUUUUGUACUAUUGAGACCAUCGAAUGCCGGGAUGAUUUCAAGUCGUUCGUGAUAAGCCACAAUGCCAAGAAAUCAGCUGACAACAUCAAGUAUCUGGUGGGCCGUAAUUACUCAACAAACACAGUCGAAUGCAAUUGUAACCUAUUUACACGUAAUGGGUAUCUAUGUCGUCGCACGUUCAAGAUACACUCCGUAAGAGUUCGUUAUGGGGAGGUCAACGCCGAGAAAGAAAAGUCUAUACUUGAAGUAUAUUCCAAGAUCGACGACAUAAUAAGCAUCGCCCGCAAUGACCAAUCUAUAUUAGAUAGAUUGGGGCGUAACCUCGACAAAUUCAUGGUUGAUGUAGAGAAGGAAGUUCCAUACGAAGACCCAUCCCAACAAAAGUUGGAUGCGAUAAGAGAUCAUCUAGGUGUUUCCAUACCUGAUGAGGCGGACAUUCUACCACCAUCUGGAAUAAGGAACAAAGGUUGUGGAACUGGCAAGAGGCUGGUAAGUGUAUCUUAG